AUGCCGCGAGACGUUAGUCUGGCUGUGCUGUUCGCUGCCAUUGCUCUCGUUGCUAUCGUGCUUGUCUCGAUUGGAAUUGAACCGCCGAGUCUCAAUGCCUACAUUGACCCUCCCCUUAGUCAUCAAGGGACGGAGAGAUCGCUGCGAGCUGAAUUAUCGAUAAACGAGAGUUCUGAAGAGAAUAGGCUGGUGACAACUGGAAAGUCUGUCCGAGCGGGCACUAAAAACGAAGAGAGGAAUUUCUUUUUAUUCGAAUGGGCUUGCAAGGUUUGGCUGUGGCUAAAGUCGCUGUUCAAUUCGAGACCGUUGAAUGCUUUGCCGCAAUCUACAGCAACAAAAACUGUGUCGACGGAAAAGGUGAUUGAGCAGAUGUCAAAUGUGAAAGGUCCAAUGUCUCAAAAUCGACCUCGUCCCUUACCGAUUGAGUUUAAGAUAGAGGUUCCAAUUCUGGAAGAUACAGCGACUUCGAAAUAUGUAGCGAUCGAGAAUAGCCUUGUCAUGACACCGCGUGAUACCAAUGCAUUAGUAUCAAGUCGUGACGAGACACCAAAUGGUUUGCCUAAUAUUGUUGUAGAUCCAUCUUCGACUACUAAAGGCACAACGCAUGAAAUUACUGCCCCAUCAGCUGAUUCAGAGUUGGUGGCACCAGCUCUUAAAAAGACAGCAGCCAACGAUGCGGCUACGAUGACGUCGACUACAAAGAAUAUGUUGCCUGAUAGUGGAAUACUGACAUCAACGGCUGGUUCUGAAAAACUAAAAAAAUUAUUGACUGACAAUGAGCAUUCUAUUACGUCGGAAAAAGCAGUGAUGUCCGAAUUUGAAUCCGCCAAUGAUCCACAGCCGCUGCAUGCGGAUUCUACGUUGCCAAGCUAUCGAUUCCAGACGUUCCAGCCAAAGUCAGCGAGUACAACGGACAAGAAACGACCAAUUUCUAUGGCUUCAACACAGUCGCAACUGAUCUCUGCGCCUGAUGUGACAGAGGUUGGGGCUGUUUCAAACAAGCCGUUGCCAAAAUCUGCACCACACGAGUCAGAAAUACCAGCAAUUGUUCAAGUCCCUACUCAUGUGGAAGUUCAAGAGGACAUCCUUUUAGAUGAAGCUUUUGUACAACUCCAAACAAUUCCUGGUAAAGAGAAUUUGGAGAAGUGGCUGCCUCAGUUUAUCCAUUUCUGUCUUCAGAAAAGUGACAACGGUCAAUAUUGGGUUACCAAAAAUCUUUUGACGCUCGAGGGUGAGGACAAAAUGCGGCUAGCUGACUAUUUGGCCUUUGGGUUGCAAGAGCAAGAUACGUUUAAGCAGAUGAACGCUCUCAAAGUCUAUCGCUACUUUUUAAACUACGCGUAUAAGGAGAAGCUCACGCUUGAAGUUUUUCAGUCGUUUUUAAUGGGGUCGAAUGGUAAGAUUAAUGGUUACUUCACAAGCGCAGUGACGAGAUAUCAAGACUUUAUUAAACAUUUGAAACCACCUCAAACAGUGAAGACAGUGGUGAUGAUUGACGUUCCAAAAAUGAGAAAAGUUCUGGGAGUUCCGGUUGGUCUAGACCUGCAAUUGUACCGAUCUCCGGAUGCGUUAAUACCAAAUCUGAUCAACAUUUAUCGCUCGACUGAUGCAGUGGUUGCAGUGAAGGAGUGGCUGCCUGAGUAUUUUGCUGCCUGUCAGGAACUUAACUUCCAGCUGGAUCGGAUAGUAGAAGCGCUCUUCACUUCUGACAAGGUAAACAAUGGUCAGCUGGCUGACUAUUUGCGCUUAGGAUUUCAAACAGAUCGGGGAGAGAUUGAUUUUGUUAUUGCAUAUCGCCUUCUCUCUGGCCUUGUGCGGUAUGCGUUACGUACGAAGCUGUCUGUCGAAAAUUUCCAGGCCUUACUCAAAGGGACGAAUGGUCAGUUGGACAUAAUAUUUGACAGAGCUGUAAAGAGCUACAUUUUGGAUCUCUCGAUGGCGCAAUCUGCGAUCUAA